GCAAAGAGAAAAAGAAGGAAGGAAGGUGGCCUAGCCUUCAUCAAGGCAGAAAAGAUUCAGGACAGGCAAAGAAGUGAGAAGCUGGGAAGGUGCUCACUAUCAGGUUUGUGAAAAGACAACUAGGCUCAGAAGUUUUCAGUGUAGGUGUCAUACUGCAAUGGAAUGAAAAGGGAGAAAGGCAGUCAUUUUAUGGUUCAAUCAGAGGUGAGGAUUAGAAAUUUCAAGCAUUAACCCAGAAAUCCUAGGUAUUCAAUGACAAUGAAAUUUGAAGAAAAGUGUGGGGACAACGGGAGCCUUGUAGGAAGGUAUCAGUCAUACCCAGGUGAGAAGCAUCAGCCAAAAGGAAAACCCAUAACAAAUGGGGAAGCCGAGUUCUAUGCAAAGCAGGAGGCAAAUGGGAAAUGCAGCGUGCCCAGGAAAAGCCUCAACAUGUACACCUGGCAGGAGAUCCAGAGGCAUAAUCAGGAAGCCGACCAAUGGCUGGUCAUCAAUCGCAAGGUUUACAAUGUCUCCAGCUGGGCAGACAGGCAUCCAGGUGGGCGCCGGGUCCUCAACCACUAUGCUGGGGAAGAUGCCACGGAUGUCUUCAGGGCCAUGCAUCCAGAGCCUGACAUUGUGCAGUUGUAUCUGAAGCCACUGCUCAUUGGAGAACUUGCCCCAGGAGAGCACAGCCAGGAAAGACACAAAAAUUCACAGUUGGUGAAAGAUUUCCAAGAAUUGCGGAGGAUCAUAGAGUCUAUGAACAUGUUCCACGCCAACCUGGGGUUCUUCUUUCUUCACUUUGCCCAGAUCUUAAUUUUGGAAGUGCUGGCGUGGCUAAUACUGUAUCAUUUUGGCAGCGGCUGGCCUGUUACUAUAUUCAUUCCCUUUCUUCUCACAAUUUCUCAGGCCCAGAGCUCAUUUUUGCAGCAUGAUGUGGGGCACCUUUCCAUAUUUAAGAAGUCCAAGUGGAAUCACGUGAUGCAUAAAUUUGUGAUGUGCCAUCUCAAGGGCCUGUCAGCAAACUGGUGGAAUUACCGGCACUUUCAACAUCACGUAAAGCCGAACAUCUACCCCAAAGACCCGGAUAUUGACAUGGGCCCACUUUUUCUGCUUGGAGAUUCACAACCUGUCAAGUAUGGCAAGAAGAAAAUCAAAUACAUCAACUAUGAAAAGCAGCACCUGUACUUCUACAUGGUUGGGCUCCCACUCCUCAUGCCAGUAUAUUUCAACCUGCAAUCCAUGCAAGUAAUGUACCUUCGAAGAUACUGGGUGGACAUCGCCUGGGUUAGCAGCUUUUACAUCCGAUAUUUCAUCACAUUUGGCCCAUACUAUGGAAUCUUUGGGACCGUGUUGCUCAUAUAUUUGGUCAAGUUUCUUGAAAGUCCUUGGAUUGCAUAUGUUACCCAGAUGAGCCACAUACCAAUGAGAAUGAGCACAGAGGAGAACCGAGACUGGCUCAGCACUCAGGUCUUGGCCACCUGUAAUAUUGAACAGUCCUUUUUCAAUGACUGGUUCACUGGGCACCUGAACUUCCAAAUUGAGCACCAUCUGUUCCCCACAAUGCCACGCCAUAAUUAUCACAAAGUGGCGCCUCUGGUGAGGUCACUGUGUGCCAAGCAUGGAUUGCAGUAUGUGAAUAAACCCAUGUUGAGGGCGUUUGGAGAUAUUGUCAGAGCCUUGAAGAAAUCUGCAGCCCUCUGGGUGGAUGCUUACUAUGAAACAUGAUGCUAAAUGUCAGCCUUCAUACACAUGUAAUUGCAUCUCUGAUGAGGGUUGGUGCAUGUGCAGGAGCUCGUCCCUGCUUAACUGGGAAUUAGUUAUCACCAUUGGUAUACCUGACUGUGCUGUUCUAGGAAUAUGGAUCCCAAGCAUAUGUGAUAACCCCUUCCCUAAAAGUCUUCUUUGCAAGUAACAACCUAGGAAACACAAGAUGACAUUGACCAGGGUUAUAAAAGGGAAAUAGAGCUCAAAAUUUUAGUUUUUUCACUAGAACCUUAAACUCAGUCCUCCCAAUAGACCUUAGUCAGAUCAUCUCAGUCAAGGGUCAGAAGUACAAGAACCAGGCAAAAGUUUUAUGGAUGAAGUGGACAAAGGGAGAAGUUGGCCAAAAGAAAGCCAUCUAACAGGGUACUUUGGAAAUUAGUGCAAUUGCUCUUAAAAAAGAAUCAUAUGUGUAAGAAGUUCCUCUUGUAGCACAAACGUUUUUUACUUAUUUCUUUUCAUAUGUGUGAACUUCUUUUUCUUUAAAAACUGAAUA